AUGGCUAUCUCCAGGGCUUUCGGCCUGGCCGCGGCCGUGCUGCUGCUGGCGGCUGUGGCGACAGCUGCGCCCACCGCCGAGGUCGACGAGAAGGCGACCAUCGAGGCCGCCAAGGCCAAGGACCACAAGUCCGAGGUCAAGUGCAUCGCCAAGCAGGAGGUGCCCCUCUUCGCCCCCGGCUCCGGCGCGCUCUACUGCCCCCAGGGCGAGAACAACAGCACCGGCUGCCAGCUGAUGUCCAACGGCGUUGACAACGUGCUGCGCCACGCGGGCUCCAACCUGCAGCAGAAGGUCAAGUUCGACUGCUACAAGCACAUCAUG